UUCACAACAUUCCUGACUCUCCUCCUCCGCCUCUGCUCGUCUACCCGUCUGCCUGCCGCUGUGUGUGGACUGUGACACGUACUCUGUCUGUUUCAUUGCUGUGACAGAGGGAACUUGUCCUCUUGAACCCUGCAAAAAGAAGAGAGUUCACAAAUUCCAUGUCGCCAAGCAGUAACCAAUUUAUUGUCGAUCAUUUGUAAUAUGGAGACGCAAGAGGCAGUGGCAGGUGCUCUUAUGGGCAGUCAUGAAGAAAAACCUGCAAAAAAAGACAAAAAAGCUUCACAGAAGGAACAACAACCAUGCAAAAACAGAAUGGAGCAAAUUUUUGGCUUCACAAUAGAGGACUUCCGCUCCUGGCAAAGUUUAGUGACCCUUCUGAACCGCCCCAUGGAUCCUGCAUCACUGGGUAUUUUUCGGUUCUUGUUUGGUAUGCUCAUGGCCAUUGACAUCACACAAGAGCGCGGCCUCAGUCACCUGGAUUGGAAGUACCUGGAUGGAGCUCCCGUGUGCCGCUUCCCACUCUUUAAUUUUCUGCAGCCACUUCCUCUAGACUGGAUGUACUUUGUAUACCUGGUCAUGUUUCUUGGGGCAGUGGGGAUCAUGCUUGGUUGUUUUUACCGCUUGUCCUGCCUUAUGUUCUUAUCAACGUACUGGUAUAUUUUUUUUUUGGAUAAAACUACUUGGAACAAUCACUCUUACCUCUAUGGCUUGAUUGGAUUUCAGCUCACUCUUAUGGAUGGCAAUCGUUACUGGUCUAUAGAUGGACUACGGAAACCUCACAUAAGAAACGCUCAUGUGCCACUGUGGAACUACACUGUGCUCAGGGCGCAGAUUUUUAUUGUCUAUUUCAUUGCUGGAAUCAAAAAGUUGGAUGCUGAUUGGGUGGAGGGAUACUCCAUGUCAUAUCUGGCUCACCAUUGGCUUUUUGACCCUUUUAAACUUAUUCUUCCAGUUGAGCUAGUGAGCCUCCUUGUGGUGCAUGGAGGUGGUCUUAUUUUGGAUUUGACAGCUGGCUAUCUACUUUUCUUUGAUGCAACAAGACCUUAUGCUUUUUUCUUUGUCUCCUAUUUUCACUGUAUGAAUUCUCAACUUUUCAGUAUUGGAAUGUUUCCCUACACAAUGCUGGCCACUAGUCCACUUUUCUGCUACACCGAUUGGCCAAGGAGAUUUUUUACACAUUUCCCAGACUUCCUCAAGCCUAUCUUGCCAACCACCUCAUUGGACAUUAAGUCCAGUUCUUCUUGUGUGUAUGGUGAGGUACAGAGAGGCACUGAAUGUCAGGGGACUGCACCUGUGAAAAAAUCCUUCAAACUAAGGCACAAGAUGGGGGCAAUUUUCACCAUUGUUUACAUCAUGGAACAACUGUUCAUGCCAUAUUCCCACUUCAUAACACAGGGUUAUAAUAAUUGGACAAAUGGCUUAUAUGGCUACUCAUGGGAUAUGAUGGUUCAUGCCCGUAGCCAUCAACAUGUAAAGAUCACCUACAAAGAUGGAAAAACCGGAGAAAUUGGAUAUUUGAACCCGGGGGUGUUCACUCAAAGUCGACGCUGGAAAGAUCAUGGAGAUAUGUUAAAGCAGUAUGCUACCUGCCUAAAUCACCUGCUUCCACGCUAUAACAUCACUGAUCCUGAAAUUUAUUUUGACAUCUGGGUGUCAAUCAAUGAUCGUUUUCAACAAAGGAUCUUUGACCCCCGUGAGGAUAUUGUGAAAGCAGAAUGGUCGCCUUUCCGGCCAAACCCAUGGCUAAUGCCUCUCCUUGUUGACCUUUCACCUUGGAGGACCAAAUUUCAAGAGAUAGAGGGGACUUUAGAUAACCAAACUGAGAUUGUCUUUAUUGCUGAUUUUCCAGGUCUUCACUUAGAAAACUUUGUCAGUGAGGAUCUUGGAAACACAACCAUCCAGGUUUUGCAGGGUCAAGUCAAUGUUGAGAUAGUCGAAGAGAAAAAGAACUACACUCUAAAGAAGGGAGAGCAGACACAAGUACCUGCAGGAGCCUACCAUAAAGUGUACACAGUUUCUGAUGGCCCCUCAUGCUAUAUGUACAUUUACGUCAACACCACAGAGGCUGAACUGCAAGAAAACUUCACCAAGCUGCUAGAGAUUCAGGAGCGAGUUCGGAAUGGGACCGAAACAGAACCACUUCCUCCUGAGCUGCAGCCUCUCCUUUCUGCUGAUGAAGGGUCAGAGGUGAAUGCCACAGACCCAGUAGUGCGACUAUUUCUGAAGAGGCAACGACGUAUGAAAGAAGUAAAAAAGCGAAGAGAAGCGGGUAUUUUGGAGCGGUUUGACCGAUUUGUGACCAAAAAAUACUACACUAUUCGUAGAGGAUUUUUAAUGACAGCAAUUGCUAUGAGAAAUCUGGCUGUGGGUCUCCCUCCAGUUGAACAGCUUACCAGAGAAGUUGCCUAUGCCAACAUGAAGGGUCCUCAAAAUGAUGACCACCAAGAUGAAGCUCUUAAAGAUGAAGUUGGUCACAGUGAACUCUAAAACUAGCUCAAAGUUGUACAGGGGCUGCCUCACAUAUCAAGUUCAACUACUGCUGGACUGUUACUGCUCUGGAAUUUUUAAAGACAUUUGUAUUUUUUUUACUUGAUUUUUAUAUUCAGAAUUCAAAAAAUGUUUUCCUGCAAAAACGUGUUGAUUGUUGCGAUAUGAACACUAAAUAGCCCAAACGCUGAAGGCUUAAUUAGUGAUGGGUUUACCAACAUGCUUUCUUUGUAUAAUUAUUUGCUGUAUAUUCUGAUGUAAAUGUUGUUUUAUGCAUUUAUUUUUUUUAUCUAUAGUACAAUAUGAAUAAAUUGUUAAUUCAAUUUAAUUCAAAA